AUGCCCUUCUUCACGCUCACUGCCACCGACGGCGACGCCCGCAUAGGUACACUGCAUACACCGCACGGCGAUGUGCCCACGCCCGCCUUCAUGUCCGUCGCGACGCAAGGCUCGGUCAAGGCGCUCGACUCCUCAGACCUGCAAAACAUCGGCGCGAACAUCGUUCUUGCCAACACCUACCACCUAUACCUGCGCCCCGGUGUGGACAUCGUGGAAGACCUCGGCGGGCUGCACGGCUUCAUGCAAUGGCACGGCGCGACCCUCACCGACAGCGGUGGCUUUCAGGGCUUCAGCCUUGAGCACCUGCGUAAGAUCACGGAAGACGCCAUCAUCUUCAGGUCGCACAUUGACGGCAGCGAGCACACCUUCAGCCCGGAAGCGGCGAUUCAGCAUCAGGAGAAGAUCGGCGCGGACAUCAUCAUGCCCCUCGAUAUAUGCGCGCCUGCCGACAGCGACUUUGAUGCGGUGGACUCGGCGGUGGAUAAGACGAACCGCUGGCUGCUGCGCUGCGUCGAGGCGCACACCCGCACAGACCAGCGGCUCUUCGGCAUCGUGCAGGGCGGGCUGUUCCCCGAACUGCGGCGCAAGUCCGCGGAGUUCAUCACCGGCGUAGGCUUCCCCGGCUAUUCCAUUGGCGGGCUGAGUGUCGGCGAGCCCAAGCAAGCAAUGUACGACACCGUGAACUCACAACGCCGAUGCUGCUGUCUGAUCUGCCUGCGCUCUCACCCUGAUGGGUAUAUGUUCGACUGCGUGCUGCCCACGCGCAUAGCGCGCAACGGCUCGCUGUUCGUGAAGACAGGACGACUGAAUAUCACCGCGGCGUUCAAUAAGAGGAAAUACGCGCCCAUCGAAGAAGACUGCGACUGUUACACCUGCCGCACAUUCUCGGCAGCGUAUGUGCAUCACCUCUUUCGUGCGAAGGAGCUUCUUGCAUAUCGGCUGGCGACGAUACACAACCUGCGCUUCAUCCUGCGCCUCAUGGAAGAGAUGCGCGCCGCGAUAGCCGCCGGCGAGUUCGCCGAAUACCGCCGCGAGUUCCACAGUCGCUUCACUCCGCCCGACGAGCAAACCCGCCGAGACCAGAAGCAAAAAUGGCUCGCCUCAUUCGGGCGAGCAUAA